AUGGUGGGUGCUCCGGCGUUUACGGCGUCUGUGGAUAAGGCUCUGCUAGACGCGAAGCGUCUUAUUGCUGAAGGGCAAUUUUCUGAAGGAAGUCGUUUAUGUCUCCAGGCUAUUCGUGCGUAUGGUAACGUGAAUGCGUUUUACCGUGCGAAAUGUUAUUGCGACCUUCAGUUACGUCGGUGGCAUUCUUGUCUCGACACGGUCCGUUGGCUUCAUGGUUUAGUUGAGCACCCUUCACUGGCCGAGGUUGGUAACAAACGUUGUCCUAAGCGUAUGCGUGCUGAAUCUCGUGAGCGUCGUGCUGCAGAGAAUGCUGAUGUUUUGGAGGUUCUUCGUGAGGCUCCCGGGCUACAUAUUGUCAAUGGUGAAUGUCACUGGCUGCACUUUGAGCAAGCGUAUUGUUACUACAAGAUGGGUCAUUAUGAGAGUGCCUUGACAGCGUUACGUCUGUGUUCUUGUAAUGAGCGUCCUCGUGAUUUGCGUCGGUCAUCUUGUCUUCCUACUUCCGAAUCUUCCAAGGAUGUUGAGGUCGUGCUUGACAAAAGUUUAUCACCCAAGUACAAAUUUCUUCUUGCACAGGUUUAUGUGCGUCUUGGUUUUUUUGAGUAUGCACGUUCGCUUUAUUCUGAGUUGCAGGGUACUAAGGAUGAUCCUCUGGUUUCUCUUAACUUGUUGAGUACUAACUUGAACAUGUUAUCUCACCUUGAUGAUGGUUCUCACUCUGCAUUAUUUGAAUCGAUUAAUCGUGAUAUUGACGAGCGCAGUGGUCGUGGUGACAACCUGAGUUACGAAUACUCUUAUAAUUGGUCCAUUGCAAAGGUAUUGGAGAAUGAUUUUAGUACCGCUGAGAGUUAUUUGGAUAUUUCUGAGGAGCGUCUGGUUGCUGAGUUGCAAAGUGACUUUGGUGAUAGUUUUGAUAUUCGUAGUCAGCGUGAAUUUUUUGCACUCGAUGCUUUACGUGUAUUUUUGUUACAUCACCGGGGUUGUGACGAAUUGGCUUCCAGUCGUAACGCCAGCUUGAUGUCCCGGUUCAUGGAUUGUGAUGGUGUUGACCCGGGUAUAAUGCUCAUAGUGCUGAACAACUGUUUAUGUCUGCGUGACAGUAGUGGUAUGAGUACUUUGGUGCCUCGUCUUGAAUCUUUAUUGAAGCGGUCUAACGUGGUAUGUAAAUUUUCUCACCAAGAGCUAUUGGACGUUCAUCGUAAUGUGAUAGCGUAUCUUUUGGAAAUCGGUGACACCUCGGGUUGCAAGGCUCAUAUUAUGAAGUUUAUAUGCCGUUUGAAGCAUGAUGCAAUUUUAUAUCACAGCCUUGGUGCUGUUGAUUAUGCGGAGGGUAAGGUUGACGGUAGCAUCAGUGCUUUAAAGCGUGGUUUAUCAUCGCAUAAGGGUAAUGUAAUGCUGAUUCGUUGUCUUCUUAACGUCUUAUUGUCAUGUCGUAGGUUCAAAAUGGCUCUUCGUACAGCGCAAUUGUAUGAAUCAUUUUUAUUAGAGAGUAGUUGUGCAAGUUUCUAUUGGUGUGUUUUGCUUGAAUGUCACAUGAGCCUUGGUAACCGUGAACUUGUGGUUGACAUUCUUUCAAGGUUAUUGGAGUAUCCCUAUUGUUCGGAUAUAUCAAUAUUUCUUAAAGAAGGAUGCCGUUUUCUUGAGUCUCAUGGUAUGCACGCUGAGGCCUUGGUUAUCUACCGUCGUGUUCAUGAGCUUGUUCCUACGGAUGUUUCAGCUUGUUGUGGUGUGUUGUUUAACGAGUCAUAUCUUUCUGAUCCUGUUGGUGAUAUUCCUGAUUCCUUGUUAUCUGUGGUAUCCGAUUCUCUUUUCGGGGAGUUACGUUUCAUUGAUGCUGAGGAAUUGGAAUCUGAGGGUCAGCUUGUUUAUGUUCAAGAGAUGGUUGAUGUUGGGAAUUUAGGUACUCGUCGUAGUCGUCAUCGCAGUCGUCGUCGCCGUGGUCGUCAUCUUCAGCAGCAGGGUGAUACUGCUCUGGUUCCUCCUGACCCUGAACGUUGGCUUCCCAAGUAUCAGCGUAGUGCUUUUAAGAAGCAGUUGAAGCGUAAGAAGGAGCUAUUAAAGGGUCAUAGUCAAGGUGCAUCUGUUGAUUCUAGUACUGCUAAGCCAACUAGUGUGACUAUAACUACGGAAUCAUCUCAUAGCCGUCGUCGUCGUAACAAGAAGAAGUGA